UCUGGCCCACUGCUGACUCCUUCACGCCGAGGCAGCUGCUCACCUUAACGGCUUUGGAAGUACCUCUCCUGCAGCUAUGGAGAAAACUCAUACAGCUGCAAUUCCUCUUACCAUGAAUUCUUCAGAAAAACAAGAAACUGUAUGUAUUUUUGGAACUGGAGAUUAUGGAAGAUCACUGGGACUUAAAAUGCUCCAGUGUGGUUAUUCCGUUGUUUUUGGAAGUCGAAACCCCCAGAUGUCCAGUCUGCUGCCCAGCGGUGCAGAAGUCUGGAGCUAUUCAGAAGCAGCCCAGAAAUCUGACAUCAUUAUUCUGGCAAUCCACAGGGAGCAUUAUGAUUUUCUCACAGAACUAACUGACGUUCUCAAUGGAAAAAUAUUAGUUGACAUCAGCAACAAUCUCAAAAUCAAUCAGUAUCCAGAAUCUAAUGCAGAGUAUCUUGCUCAGUUGGUACCAGGAACCCUUGUGGUUAAAGCACUGAACACCAUCUCUGCCUGGGCCCUCCAGUCGGGAGCACUAGAUGCAAGUCGGCAGGUAUUUGUCUGUGGGAAUGACAGCAAAGCCAAGCAAAGAGUGAUGGACAUUGUUCGUACUAUUGGGCUCACCCCACUGGAUCAAGGUUCACUCACAGCAGCCAAUGAAAUAGAAAACUACCCCCUGCAACUAUUUCCGAUGUGGAGAUUCCCCUUCUAUUUGUCUGCUGCCCUGUGUCUCUUCUUCUUUUUCUACUCUGUUGUAAGAGAUGUAAUCUACCCAUAUGUUCAUAACAUGGAAGAUAACACAUUUCGCCUGGUUGUUUCCAUCCCAAAUCGUGUCUUUCCAAUAGUAGCACUUAUACUGCUGGCCUUGGUUUACCUCCCUGGUGUUAUUGCUGCCAUUCUGCAGCUGUACCGAGGUACCAAAUACCGCCGAUUUCCAGACUGGCUUGACCACUGGAUGCUUUGCAGGAAGCAGCUGGGCUUGAUGGCACUGGGAUUUGCCUUCCUUCACGUCCUCUACACACUUGUGAUCCCUAUUCGUUAUUAUGUACGGUGGAGGAUAAGGAACCAAACAAGUACCCAGGUAAUACUUAAGAAAGAAAGUCCAUUUAUUGCCUCUACUGCCUGGCUCAGUGAUUCAUAUCUGGCUUUGGGAAUCCUUGGAUUUUUUCUGUUUGUGCUUUUGGGAAUCACUUCCUUGCCAUCCGUUAGCAAUGUGGUCAACUGGAGAGAAUUUCGAUUUGUUCAGUCCAAACUGGGUUAUUUGACCCUGGUGCUGUGUACCGCUCAUACCCUAAUAUACGGAGGGAAGCGCUUCCUCAGCCCUGCAUUUCUCAGAUGGCACCUUCCUUCAGCCUACGCUUUAGCACUCAUCAUCCCUUGCACUGUGCUGGUGAUCAAGUUCAUCCUCAUUCUGCCAUGCAUAGACAAGACCCUCACACGGAUACGCCAGGGCUGGGAAAGGGACUCAAAAUUCUCGAAAUCAGCACUGAAUGGAAAAACAGAUAUUUAAAGCAAAAUUCAAUUUACUUGGACUUAGGACCUAUAGUAUUGCGGGCUUAAAGGAGAAUAAUGGUACAGUUAAGAACGCAUUUUUCUUCCGACAUGGCCUGAAAUUUGUAAACAGAGAAGGAAAUGUUGCCUGACUUGGAAAAAUUAAGAUUGGAAGAGAACACCAUUCUUUCUGUCUUGGGUUAGUGAUGACUUAGUGUAAGUCCCUUCUCUAUCUUUUCUCAGAAGCUGGGGGUUGAAGUCCAGAUUAGCUGUGGUUUUACAUUGCACAAUAAGAAUCUUUGUUUUGGGUAAUAUGUAUGAACUAAUACCUUGCAAAAAUUCAGGAGAAAUAUACACAACUUCCUUCUCUGGAAGUAAAAGAGAAAACAGUAAGGUCUUGGUCACUGUUAAAGACAAAGUUAGGUGUGGCUGAAGAAGAUGGCUGAAUAAAGUAAAAGAAAUAGAUCCUUUAUUGCUUUUUAGAAAUAAAGGUGAUUGAAAGUAUCGCCACACUAAAUUCUAUAAUUAAGUGUGCACCUUAGUUUUGCUUUAACCAAUGUGGAUAUGUAGUAGGAGAAAUAUUUUAUAACAUAACAGAAAUAUCCCAACUGAUUAAAAGUAACCAUGGGCUAGGUAGAUGCAAUUUAUGCAUUUGUCAUAAGAUCCUUCCUUAUGCGGAUAGAUAUAGAAAAGUCUGAGUAUGAGUGAAAUUUUUCACAUGUAUGGUAAUACAUGUGAAAAGCUCUUACACAAAAACUCAAAUAACCCCAAAUUUCACAGAUUAAGCUAAAUAAAUGUGUAAAGUUUGGUGGUCCUUAGGUAUUUUGGCAUGCUUUGUAAAUUACACAUUCCAAACAUUUUUCAAAAUUAAUCAUGUAUGAGAUGCACCUAAUAUUUCCAGCAUCUGUAAUGUGGCAUAUUUUAUUAUAAUUUUAAAUGGUGAAAAUUUAAUAAAAGUGGAAAUUUUAAGACUGACCAAUGCAUACAACAAAAAGACUUACGGGAUACCUUAGACCAGAGAGGUAUGAGCAGUAGUUGUUUUAUAAGAUUUGAUUCUUUCCAAAAUCCUCGAUAGAAUGAGGAUGGUUCUCACUUUUUCUGUGCUGAUAGUUCCAUUUUCAAAAUGCCCUUCAACAGAUUAGCCUGCCUGGCUCAAGCCUGGACCUAAAAGGAGUCUUAUGCACAAUCUUCCCACAUAUGGAAAUAACCAAAAGGCUACUGGUUUGACAUUUCUAUGCAUGCUCUACAAAGGCCGUUUCUUUUUCUAUAUUUUCACUUUUCUCUAUUUUUCUGUAUAUUAUAUCUGACAUUAUACCAAAUGACUAAGAUAUAUUAAAGCUCAACUACAAUCCAAAUAAGUUUUUUUUAUAAAACCUUAUUUUCACUUUA